AUGAGCAAUUAGCAUAUUAACAUUAAGAAGUAUGGUGGCAAUCUUCGCCCACUUCCAGUUCAAUGGUUGGAAGGCAAGGAAUAGGUAGCAGCUUGUUUUGGAACUAAAUUAUGUAUUUUUAGCACCAAAACUGGCUAUUUGAUCAGCGAAAUAGACGCCAAUUCAGCUGAUAUCAUUGCAUAUUCAUUAAACUCUUCUAAAAAUUUCGAUGAAGCUUACACAUUAGAUCAAAGCGGUAAGCUUGUAGGAGUUGAUUUAAGAACCAAUACUGUUUUCUCUGAAUAUUAAUUUAAGGAUAAAACUAUUGUUUCUGCUUCCUUUGAUUCAAGCAGCUCAAAGCUAUUAUACAUAGAUCAAAAUUCUAGUUUGCAUUCAUUUAAGAUAAGCAAGUAAACAGAUAAGCUCGUUUAUGAUUUUGCUUCUUUAAACGCAUCAUCAGAAAAUAAAUAAAAUGGAACUAAAAGCAGUAAUGAAUAGCAAUAAUAAAACGACUAGUAAAAAUCAUAAUAAAACCAAGACGAAUCUGUGAAAUAAAUUCUUGUCAUCACAAAAGAUGAAAUGUAUGCUUUAAUUAGUGUAGGAAAAAAAUUAGUCAUAGUAGAAUUGGAAGAUCAAAAAGUUUUUAGAGUUAUUAAUCAUCCACUCAAUAUAACUGCUUUAGCUUGCUCUCCAUAUACCAUAGCAGUUGGUGAUGAAAUGGGUAAAAUCACUUACUAUCAUCAAGCCUUCGAACUUUCUGACUUCACUAGCAGCUCAGUCCACUGGCACUCUUUGGCAGUUAAGUCUCUUGCUUUUAAUUAAGACUACUCUUUACUUUUCUCUGGUGGUGAAGAAGGUGUGUUACUUAUAUGGCAUCAAUAUGAAGAUAAAAAGGAUUUCUAUCCUCGUUUAGGAAGUGAGAUUAUGACAAUUAGCGUUUCACCUGAAAAUGACUUGGUUGGUUGCAGUUUGAGAGAAAAUUCUAUCUAAUUUUUGCAAGUUCACAACUUUGAAACUCAAUUUAACAUUUUAGGUUUCACUAACCCUUAAGCAUAUCCCCAAGUUCAAUGCAGCGAUGACAUGUUCUGCAAUAAAAUUGUUUAAAAUCAAGAGUCUCAUUUAGUUUGCUUAAACUCUUUACCCGGAAGAAUAUAAUUCUUAUCUUUGUUUGAAUAAAGAAAGAUAAAAGACUUUGAUGUUGUUUCUAGAAAUCUUACUUCAAGAAGUGGAUCUUAUUUACCUGAUCCUGCUUGUGUUAAAAUCGUUUAAUUUGAUAAGAGUUGGAAGGAUAUGUUAACUGUGUCAGAAAGAAACGAAGAUUAAAUCAGCUUAAGUUGCUUAAAAUUCUGGUAAGAAAACUAAAACUUGAAUUAUGACUGCAAUACAAGAAUCGAAUAUGCCCAUGGAGCUCAUAUUUAUGAUGCUAUUUGCUUCUUUAGUCACAAGUCAAACACACAUAAAUUCGUCACAUACGGAUCUGAUAACAAAUUCAAAAUUUGGAAAAAGUAUACAAGAAAAGCUCCCAACAGCAAGUCAGGAGAAGUUAAAGUUUAUGAAUACUUUUGGAAUUGUGAAUUUGAAGGAUCUUACAAAAAUAAGAAAAUUUUAGGUGUUUAACAUUAUCUUAAUGAGGAAGAUAAGGAUAUUAUUGCAGUAUUGGCUGAAGACAUUUAUUUAUAAUGGAACAUCACUGACAAUAAAAUUGAGAAAACUAUUAAUGUUGGAAUUUAGGAAGUUAAAAGAUUUGAAGUUAAUUUAGAAUAAGAACAAAUAUUUUUAAUGAAUAAAAAUACAUUCAAGGUUAUUAACACUGCUUCAGGCUAAACUAUAAUUGAAUUAAAUAUGGAGUCUUAUAAGGAUUUAUCUUUCGAAAAAUCUUUGAAUUAAAUUAGUUUGCUUAUUGUUUCUGACAAGAAAACAAGUGGAGCUAUUACUUUGUCAACUAAAAACUUCUAAGUUGUAUCUGCCUAUGCUAUUCCUAGCCCUUUGAAUAAAAUUUCAUAUAUCUAAUUAGAGACAAGAAAAGUAUUAAUUGGAUUAGACUCAGGCAUGAACUUUAUGAUCCUUGACGACCACUUCAAAGAAGAAGAAGCUAGAAAAUAUCUUAAAAAGAUUUCUGAAUCUUCUGAAUUCUAACAAGAAUAAUAGCAAGAAGCUGAAAAAUUAUAAAAAAAUGAAGCUUAUAAAAUGGAUGCUGAAGCUAAUUAACAGAGCUUCUCAUCGAAAUAUUAAACAUUUUUAAAUUACUAAUACAGAUAAGAUUUUAAGUUAGUCAGCGAGUUUUACAAUGAAAAAUCUCAUUUGAUCCCACCAAGUGGAUUGGUUUUCAAUUAAUUCUUUGACAACUUAAUGCUUAAAAACUAGCUUAAAAAAGAAGAUGGAGAUAUUGAUAUCUUUGCAAAUUUUGGUAACAUGGAAAUAGAAGAUAACGAACAAAAUGGUCACGAAGACAGUGAUGAUGAAGAAGAAGAAAAUGGUUUCAAUUUUGAAAAAUAAUAAAAUAAACUUGCUGAACAAGAAAAUAAAAAUAAUAAAAUUGACUAACAACAAAUUAAUCAUGUUAAUGAUAAAUGGAUUAAAGAAACCCAUAAGUAUAUUGAAAAUCUUUUUAAUGCUCAAUACUCUUGA